GAAUGAGGAUGUGAUAUUUGCUGACAGUCUGUUAUCAAAGUACUGCUGCACUUACCUGCACUUGUGAUGCAUAUUAUGUGCUUAAGAUGCAAGUGCUUGCAAGGAUAAAAUGAUCUAUACUCUAUGCCGUUUGACAGGAAGCUACUGUUUGCUUUCACGUCAUGUCUUGGACAGACAAAGUCAGACAGUAGACCCCUCAGCUCUACUGAGUACUGUAACAUACAGGAUCAAAAGCCUGGGUUAAAAAGAAGCACCUGGCUCCCAAGAGAAAAUCUGGACCUGUCGUCACCCAUCCCAUAGGCAUGAAGGUAUGAUAUUUGCUGCUGAGUUCUCCGCUUGAUGUCCCAUCUAAUGACGCAUUUGUAGAUAACAAAGACCCAAGCGACCCAGUUGAGUUCCCCCUCUUCUAUUUAGCUUCUCUCUGGGAACUCUACAGGGGAAGGCUUUGAAUUUGCUCCGUUUGACCCUCUUAUCCACCGCUUCUCUGCAUUUCUGUUGGACAUUUUCGAACCUGCCUCUGGUGAGGGGAGGCGCUCUGAGGAUAUCAUUCACUAGACGGGCAUCCUUCACUGGAGGAUAUCUCUUCGGUCUCAGCUCUGGGUGGACACAUCACGUCCAAUUUCCGCGUAAGAGGUAUAAUGACUGUUCUCGUUGCUUCUGCCCCGCCUUGGACUGUCUUAUAUGCAGUCAUCGCGUGUCACGUCCGCCCUCUUCUUCAUCACCCCAGGCUGACGUCCUCUGCAGGACAGAAAGGGGCAGCCAUCCAGCUUUUCUACAAUUGUUCUGCCUGCAUGUCAGUCUAGUUCCUCUCUCUCUUUCGGGCUCGCUGGAGUCCGUGGUGGCAAAUUCACACGCCACAGGCUUGAGUUCUGCUGACCUUCACCCUCUACGCCUAACGGUCCAGUAAAGUUUAGGAAGAAAUGGCUCCCUUUCGCAGUCCCUACGCUGGCGGUUACAGCGACGGGAUCAAGAGACAAUUGGAAAGCGUGACUCUCCCCGACAAGAUCAAGUGCGAGACCUGCAAAAAAAUUCGCAUGCAGAACGCUUUCUCCAAGAGGCAGCUCGAUAUCCUUCGCAACGCCAUUUCUAAGAAGGGCACUAAAGCCAUCAACAGCCCUGGCUACGCGAGAUGUCGGAACUGCGUCGGUGGCCAGGCUGUUGAAAUGAGAUGCAGUGUCUGUGACCAGGUGAAAGGUCUCGACCAGUUUGCUAAGGCUCAGAGGCAUAACCGUGAGAUGGCUAGAUGUCUGGCUUGUGUUCAGCUUCACACUGAAAUAGAGCCCAUCGUCAAUAAAGCCAAGAUGAUUCAAGGCGAGGAGCAGGACAAGGAUACCAAGAUUGGGGAAGAAGCGGAUGAAUCGAACAAUGACUAUUUCAAAGACAUCCGUGCUAGCUCUGUGUACGGCGACGAAGGUGAUGAGGACGAGUCCAUUGGCGGAGGAGUCUGGCUCGAGGGAGAGCGAGACGACAAGCGCCACGCCGAUGCCGAUGUCGACAAAGGAAAAGGAAAAGGACGCAUGUUCACUGCCUUUGACCAGUAUGGAGCGGCGCACACCCGCAGGGCUUCCAUUUCUGAGACAGAACCUAGAACUAUCCACAGCGGCUGGGAUUCUUGGGGAAUUAAGCUUGGAAGCCUCGGAAGCCCUUCGAAUCCUCGUAGGCAGCUAGAGAAGAAGGAACCGAGGUUCGCCAAAAUUCGCGCCUACAAACCCCCAAGGGAAGAAAUCCCCAUUAUGAGGAGGGAACCCGAGCCUGCCGUGGAGACUGCCCACACUGACGACGAGGAUUCUGAUGGCGACAUUGAGGACUACCUCUGAUCUGACUGUCAGGCAUCCACUGGGAAAGCAUACGCCAAUCGAGAAGCACAAAGGCUACGUGAAUCUCGUUAUCGUUUCCCCCACUGCAGCUCCAUGCAAGGCUCGAGAACAAUACGCUCCAUAAUGCAACUGGUACUGAAUAGGUGGUUGUCUAAGCCCUUCUCCGAGUCGAAAAUCGCACCUCGCGUCAAUUACAUUCUGCAGAAUAGUAAUCACUUGCCCACUCUGUGCCUCCAGAGGCAGUAGAACUUCCGGCCACGUUUCUAUUAAUAAAUUCCCUCGUAUGACCGAUGAGCAGAGUAUUACCAGUUAAGAGGGAACCGUGGAAUUGCCACCGUUGCCAUCCCGACUCCCGAUUUCCAGAGACCCUUAACCUGGUUGAGCCAGGGUCGAGUUAAAA